ACACACACACACACACACACACACACACACACACACACACACUUAAAUCUCCCCCAUAAAUUAACACAGAGGAAGGUGGAGUGCUGAGGCUAUAAAGCAGAGCACAACACAGAGCAGAAACAGCCUUCAGACAUGAAAGGUGUAGCUGUGCUAUUCUGUGUGUUGUCAUUGGUGCUGGGGCAGGGACAGAUCUACUCCUGGGAUGGAACAGGAGAAACUCUUGCUCCAGAUCUCAUCAAUCCAUGUCUGACAGACCAGAACUCGUGUGGUUGUUGUGUGAUGCAGAGACAAAAAUGGCAGUUAGAGCAGUACUUAAACUCUAGUCUGAAUUCACUGGAGGACUUGCUGACAAGUGCACAGACUACACUCAGGAACAUCAGAGAGAAUCGGGUGGCAUUUUCUGUGGGUUUAACCGACAAGAGACGUUGUGUUGGUCCAGUAAAGAUGACGGCAAUAAAUGUGGUGUAUCAGAGCAUCUUUAUCAACAUUGAAGAAGCCUAUAACUCUACCACUGGUGUGUUCACGGUGCCACGGUCAGGCGUGUACAACCUGGCUUUAACUGUGUUCAGCGAUGCAGGGUCACCAGGCGCACCACUGGCGGUCUGCACCAGUAUCAGACGGAAUGGUGUGGCGCUAGCAGCACUUAAGGAGAUAUAUGAUCAAGACCAGGAAGACCAGGCCACAGCAGUCAUACUCGUGGAGCUUCGUGUCGGGGACCGUGUUUCUGUCAGUCUCCAACCUGGCUGCUGGCUGUGUGAUGAUCAGAAUCAUUAUAACACAUUUAGUGGAUUUUUGCUGUAUGCUACUGUUUAGGGCACACACACAGGCUCACACACACACAAGCUCUUACACAUACUUAUAUCUCACAAGACCGUGCUUAUGGCAAGUUACAAGAGUGUUGGAGUACAAAAUGUAAUGCAUGAUUUAUGUAAUACAACAUGGUUUUAACCCACAGAAUAAUACAUUGUCUUGUAAGAAAAUAUGGAUUUAUGAAAACACAUCUAUCAAAACUGAAGAUCAGUACACAAAAAAAUAGUUAAGAUUGUAGUCGAUAUUGGUCAAUGUUGUGUGCUGUAUAAAUAUAAAGAUCCUGAACUUAUCUUUUAUUCAUUUUUUUAACAGAAAUAUUAGAUAUUUCAACCAGGUAGUUAUUCAUAUUUACCAAUAUGUUAAGAAGAUCAAAGCUUAGAUUUCUGUAUGCAUAUAUGUGUUGGAUAAACGAGUAGAACAUUUAGUGGAAUUGUCGUCUGAUAAGAUUUGUUAGUUGGAAAUUUAGUUAAAUUUAAAAGUUACAUUUGUCAAACUAUAUUAAUGUACAAUUUUAUCAUCUGUUAAUCAAUAAUAAUCAACAAAUCUUUCUUCUUCU